AUGCAAGAGUGUGGAGAAAUAGCUCACGCACUGCCACCGCCCCAGGAAUCAAAGGAAAUUGUUAUUGACUUGGAAUACACCCAUGGUUUGUUGAAAGUCCAUGUUGUUCAGCAGGUAAGUUGAAGGAUUGUAACAAGAAGAAAAAGAGGAACCUUAAGUUCUAUGCAGAGUUCUGUGCAGUUCUCCUUAGCUGUUUGCUGUAUUUGGGAGCUUGUGACCAAGACUUACAAACAGACUUUUGUGAAGGAAGAGACUGCAGAGAGUGAGCUUGUGUUUUGAAUUAAGGCUAGUUGCUUGUCUGAGCUGAGGCUUGCUUAUGGGUUUGUAUUUCUGUGGGUGUGCACAUGGUCUAAGAUGGAGCAGCCACUUCUGAGAGGAAUCCAGGCUAAAGGAGGAAGUGAGUUGGGAGAAGGGGUUGGCAGCCACCAGCAGUUCUGCUUAGCUGUUUGCAAUCUCUGGGAGCUUGUGACCUUGCGUUUGCAAGGGAGGUUAGCGGGAGAGUUUGAGGGGGAGGCCUGGAGUGCUCUCUCACAGUAUAUAGUGGUACCUCUGGUUACGAACUUAAUUCGUACCGGAGGUCCAUUCUUAACCUGAAACCGUUCUUAACCUGAGGUACCACUUUAGCUAAUGGGGCCUCCCACUACCGCCAUGCUGCUGCUGCUGCUGCUGCGUGAUUUCUGUUCUCCUCCUGGGGCAAAGUUCUUAACCCGAGGUACUACUUCUGGGUUAGUGGAGUCUGUAACCCGAAGUGUUUGUAACCUGAGGUGUUUGUAACCCGAGGUACCACUGUAUGUAGAUCCAGGAGACAUGGAUGGCAAGGGAACUGCUGUGGUGUUCUGCAACACUUGUUCCACAUUUGUCUUCCUGCCUGAGAAUAUGUGGAACUACACCUGCAGCAAGUGCAAGCUGGUUGCCUCGCUGGAAGAGAAGGUACAGCAACUUGAGGUCUGCUUAUCCACUAUUAUCUGCUGUUUGCCACACAGCUCCACGCAAGUUGAUUAUAAGGUGUGCAACAUUAAUGUCCCCAUUCUGGCCUCACAUAGGAAAUGCAUUUAUUGAAACUGUUGAAGCAGAUGCAGAAGAGAAGACAAUUCUUAACCCAAACAGCCACUCCACACACCCCCCCCCCAUGGCUGGCCCAGUAUAUUUUGCUGUGUGAGGGGCUCGCCUCCUAUGUUUAGAAUCCAGUUGGACUAGUGGUUGAAUAUUAAACACUGGUGAUAGAAUAGCUUCUUUCACUGCACCUAAGGCAGCAGACGUCUUGGCUGCAGUUUCCACUGACUUUAAAACUCGAGUUUUGUUGGUGAAUUUCUACAAGCUUUUGUGCACAGGAAGUUGUUGUCGUGAGUUUCCAGUUCAUCUUUAUUGUAGCAGUUUAUAAUGCUUUGUAGCCUCUGGAGAAAACUCCAAGGAUGGAACUGAAGAGAUAAAAAAACUCUGUUAUUCACUGUGACGUUCCUACACUUCGUGCAAUUUAUUGUGCAUGCUAAAAUUCAGUGGUAAAGUCAUAACUCUGCUCCCUGGGGUUUUUUGGUUUGUGUGUGUGUUAUAAUACAGUAUUUCUGCAGAAUAAUUUUUCAUUUAAAAUGGAAACAACCGAUUGAAGCCAAACUUGUUGUACAUACACCCUCUUGUAAUCAAUGUGAAAAGUUAGUUCUGACUCCAGUGGGACUAGGGUGCAACCCCAAAUAGCUAAUAUGUACCCAUGUGACAGGAUAAAGCCAUAUUCAUAAACAGCUAUAGAAGUAAUUUGCUCAAGCAUGUGGAACAACUUUGUAAGAUACAAAGGUGGUCAUGCAGUUCUGAUGAGGUCAUUCAAAGUCCAUCUGACAUUGCAGAUGGCUAUUAUCAACCUGUCAAGGUCUAUAGUAAAAUGUGUGGAGAUCUUGCUGACAUACUAGGAAGCCUGCUGUCUGAUCUUCCAUUGCCCAUCAUUGCUUAAUAGUACAGCUUGCUGUUUGUGGCUGUUGGGCUAGGGCUCAUUAUAUCAUCUCCCCUUUUAUGGAAAAAAGAACUUGAUGCAAUAGAUUUUGACGAGAUUCCUCAGGGGCCUCCCCUGCCACCAGCCCCAUUUUGGCAACACUUGAAUAAUUCUUAGUGGCACUUUUUAAGAUAUCACACUCGCAUUGUGUAAAUGUUGUCUGUAAGCACUUUGGAUCAGGGCCUGCUUGCUUAUGGAACUCAGUAAAUCAUUAUUAUUAUUUAUUGAAUUUAUAUACUGCCCUAUACCCAGAGGUCACAGGGCGGUUCUACAUAUAAUAUAGAUGGCACUGUACAAAUGAGCACUUAACUUUUAAAAUGUUAUAGUGGCAAGAUUAUAUGUUAACAACAACAGGAAAAGCCCAGUGCUAUAUAAAAAUGUGUUAUUGAAAUUAUCUCUGUUUUUUAAGCUGGAUAUGUUCAUCCACUCAUUUUGAAGAUUUCUCUUUUUCUCCAUAGCUGACCAUGGUUUCUUUUGUACAACAACAAAAUGACACGGUUUUGGAGAUAACCUGUUUAACGGAUGUGAAGCUUUUGGUGAUGGCUUUGAGAAAAAUGACCCGUCUGAACAGUAAGAAAAUUUGUGCUGCUGAAAAACAUUUUUUUUAUAAAAAAAAUGGCACUAGUGCAUGUAAGGGGAAUGAUCUAAUGAUUACUGUGACUUAUGGUUGAGUUCAAUUACAGCCCAGAUUCCAUUGGCAACUAUUCCCUUGGGGCUGUGCCCCCUCCCUUUAGUCUUGGCUCUCUACAGCUAGUGCUUGUUCUCUGGAUUGCCAAUUAGUUCAGCGGAGGACCCUCCCCUGUGUGAUCUUUGCAGAUUGCUCACGAGACUGCUAUAGUAGCUGUUCCUUGACAGCCCUUCAUCCCAGCCAGCCUUUAUUAGUUCUGCCUUCUGGUUUAAUCUCUUCAAUUAACUUGAGUGGGUGAGGGUGGAGAGGAGAGGAGAGGAGGGAACGGAAGCUCCACUACACUUUUGAGAACUUCCCAGUGCUUCAUCCAUAUGUGUAAAUCACUCGGUGUAAACGCAACAAUUUUCACACAUGUUGGAUUAUCACAUGGAACUUAUGUGGUUCCUACAUAGCCCAUAAUGUGUGCUUCUCUCUGCAAGAAGCCAAAGUAUCUGGGUGUACCCUCACACUGCAACUGAUGAUAAACUCUACUGGUUCAUAAAUUCUGCUUUAUAUCCUGUAUGUAUUUAUCUUUUCCUAGCAGCGUGUGCCAUUAGUUUGGCCUGCCUUCUGUUUAAAAUGUAGUUUAGCAAGAAUAACUAAAUGCAAGAGAUGAGGAAUCUGUGUCCUUCUGGAUGUUGUUGGAUUACAGCUCCCGUUAUCCCUGACCAUUGGCUGUAAAGACUGGGGCAGAUGCGAGUGAUACAUCAGCAAUAUCUGUAGGGCUGAAGGUCUGCCAUCUGUGUUUUCUGAUAUUAGCACAACUGAAGCAGUUUGGGCAAACAGUACAUAAAACACUGUGCUAAUGGGGUUGCUUGCAUCCAUACUCUGAGAUAGUCUUUGGACCAAACAUCUUGGAAUGCUGUUCACGUAAUUAGCUAUUGCACAUGGGAGAUUUUUAAAGUAAUUAACAGCUGUGUGUGGAGGGGGCAGUCAGGAAUGACACCAUGAUAUGAAUUGGGGGAAAGAGAGAGUAGUAUUUUCGUCAUGUGUCCCACCAGGGCAAUGAUUUCUGUUUGCACAGAGGGACUUUCCCUCCUCCUCCUUCCUCAUGUAUCCCAUGUACCCUCCUCAAAUCUAUUCUAGGGGGUUGGGGAAACUCCAGAACAGAUUUAGGGACUAUGCAGGGGUGGGGAGGAAGAAGGGGGAACAAAAAGCCAGGCAGGAAGGGGGAAUAAAAACUAGAUAAAGUUUGAAACUUUAUCUGCAACUAGAUAAAGGUGGUGUCAGGUGUGCCUCCCUAGGGAGAGUGUUCCACAAUGGGGAUGCAUCACUGAAAAGGUCCAUUUUCUUGUUGCCACCCUCUGAACCUCUUGUUCAGGGGUCAGCAACCUUUUUCGGCGUCCCUCAGACCAUGUGGUGGGCCGGACUAUAUUUUGAAAAAAAAUAUGAAUGGAUUCCUAUGUCCCACAAAUAACCCAGAGAUGCAUUUUAAAUAAAAGGACACAUUCUACUCAUGUAAAAACACACUGUUUCCCGGACUGUCCACGGGCCGGAUUGAGAAGGUGAUUGGGCCGCAUCUGGUCCCUGGGCCUUAGGUUGCCUACCCCUGCUCUUGUUUGCCAAGAAAGAAUUCAUUUCAUGCAGUUCUCAUUUUUUCUUGCUCGUCUUUUGGAUAUCUGCCAAUUCCUCUUGCCAGUUUGAUAGUGGUUCUUGCCUCAUAGCCCUCUUUUGCAUGAUGGCAAAAACCCCAAUAUUCACCUGGAAAAAUGCUUCUUGGAUGUAUGUUUAGCUUUCCCUUACACUGAACUUCAUGGGCAUAUGAUACAAUGCUAGACUUCUUAGCUGGCCAGAUGUUCAAAUGUAUGAUCAGGUACAUAGAGUGUUCUCACUUCUUUUGUGCUGUGUUGUGUCCAUGAUAGUAUUAUUAUUCAAUUUAUGAGUUGCCUAAUAAAAAUGCUCUUAGGCAACGGAUACAUUCUAUCUCCUUCUCUUCCUGAAUCCUAUCCAAAAAUAAACCUUUUAAAAUUAGACAUACAGGGUUCUGAUGGAUAGGAUAAGCUCUGGAUCUCUGCUCCUUGUGUUCACUUUUGAAAAGGAGAACCUGAGUAAGCCCCUCUAUCCAGCACAGAGUCUGUUGCUUUGAGAGAAAACAGUGGCGGGCAUAUUUGUAAACAUGGCUAGCUGGAGUAGGCCCAAGACAUUUUGGCACCUGGGGUGGACCCCAAAAUGGCUUCUCCCUCCAUGUCAGGGAAAGAAGGGGUAAGGGAAGCUAUACAUCAGGAACAAGGGGGAAGAAAGAUUGACAUCGGGAUCUGCUGCCCCAGUGGCUCAUGCCACCUAAAGCGGAUUACCUCACUUGCCCCAUUGGGUGUGCCGGCCCUGUGGCUACCACUGAAACAGAAAUAGGUUCUUGAGUUAUACACUGUCUCAGUUCAUCACAGAAUAGCUCUUAGAGUCCCUGUUUUGGAACAGAGAGUGCUGCUGUAAACUUGUCCUGCUUAUGGUCUUCCCAUGGACAUUGGUUGGCCGCUGUGAGAAUAGAAUGCUGGACUAGAUGGGCUUUUAGUUUGAUCCAGCAGUGCUAUUCUUCCUUUCUCAUGUAUGAGGGUCUGUACAGAGCAGCCCUCCCAAACCUGGUGAUUGCCAGAUACUUUAGACUAUAACCCUAGCCAGAGACUACACCGGCCAUCUUUUCUGAAUCCCCACCCCAUCCCUAAUAAUUGGUGAUUGAUUGGAUUUCUGAUUGUGCAUACUGCUCCAAAAAGCCCGGAGAAGUAUAAUUGUCUGCAUUAAGUGGAAGAAACGGUCAGUAAAAGACAUGUAUGUUGGGUUUCAGAAGGUCUUUUGCAAGAAUUAUGGAAUUCUAAGCAGGAAAUGAUAAUGAAGAGGAGCCCGCCAUUAGUUAUGCCAUGAGAAAUGUACAUGUGUCUGGGUAGGCCAGUGUAACUGCAGAGUGCAGGUGCUCCUUUAAUGUUUCUUCCGAAACUUAGGAGAGAUAUAGGGAAUGCUUACAGCAACUGGAGUUGCGAUGACGUGCUUAGGUGGAAUUUCCCCAUGAAAUACAGCCACUGAAAAAUUCUAGCCACGAGACCAUGUUUGAGAAUAAGACAGUUUAUUGUUAAUUGGACUAACAUGCUAAGUUCUGGUUUAUUUUUGUUUCGUUUUUAUACAGUUUUAUGGAAAGUUGACGUGGCAGCCAAUAUCCUCCACCAAGCUACCGAGAAACUGAAAGACUCUGCCCUAAACUGCCUGCAGCCGCUCAAGAAUGGGUAUGAUGUUUCAGUACAGAAAAUGGAAGAAAGAUGGAGAAAAUGA